UGGCUUGGCCUGGGUCAAAAAUAACAUUUUCUGCAUUGCAGUUGGUUGGGUUCGGUUUUGCACUGCACCAUGCGGAAACGUCGGAAGAUGUGGAAGCUGAAGAGUUUCAGUGUGGAGCAUAAAUCCAUUUAGCUAAGGCAGUGUAGCUUGUGGUGCAACAUGGACAUGUUAACAACUUCUUCGUCUUCAUUCACCUAAUCGUUUCGGCCGCGGCUGAUAUCGCUGCAGCGGAAGUUGUUCGUCAUGAUCAGUGUGCACUUGAAAUAUCAUUAUGCCGUGAUUUAUAUCUCUGCACUCCCCACCGUAGUCAUUCUUUUUUGCCAAUUAUCUUAGCUCAGCGAAAUUGUUGGAUGCAACUCAUGCGAUGCUGUAGGUGGAAAUCGGUUAUUCAGCGGCGUUAUUUUUAGCUGGGCCCACAAACACUUACUCAAGCUGCUCUGCAUGUCGUUCGUUGCGUCGGCCUGUUGAUUGGCGGUAGAGCGGCAGUAUGGCCGCAUCCCUGCCGUUGCCGUCCAAGAGUGGCGUGCGUGCAGAUAACGCCGCAUCCAAACCGGCGCACUCGCCUUCGCCAGUCGUGCAGCCGAGUAGCGCUGCCAAUUCGAAUUCGCGUGCAGCCGUCGUUUCCGCUAAUUCCACUUCGCCAAGCCCAAAGACGAGCACUGCUUCCACGCCGAUCCUCUGUCAGCACUUCGAGGGUCAGGUUUUCCGCAAAAACCGCUGCAAGACAUGUUUACGCGAUAAGAGCGAACACAACAACGGCACACCAACAACAACAACAGCAACAUCAGCGGCACCGUCCGCAGCGCCCUCUGCGGCUAGUCCCGUUUCCGCCAGUCCUUAUUCCAAGUCACAGCCACAGUUAACUGGGCAUCCGCCACCCACCAAAAGCAAAGAAGAAGCACCGACUGCCUCCAUCAGCGGAAUACUGAAGAAGGCGCAGAAUGGCGGUCUGACUGCGCCUAAUCAGCCGCCGCCGUUGCCGGCGCCAGCCAUGACGUCCUCCUCCAAUCUGCGGCCGGUGCGGGUAGCCGUCAGUGCCACAGCGGAGACCGACAGGCCCGGUCACUCGCCCGAUCAGGAACAGCUCAACACCACCACCCAGACCAUCAUCCUGUCCAAACACUCCCCCCAAAUUCGUCGCUCUAGCUCCAGCGAGGCUACUCAACGGGGGGCGCAUGUGCGAGGGGUGCGACGUUUCAGCUCAGCGGAGAAGGUCAGCGAGCAGGAGGAGGAAGGAGACGAUUCGGACCGCAUGCGAACGCCGUUGAGCGGCUCGCUGCUGUCGAUGGUGACCGCCGUGGAGUCGACCUCCGACUUGCAGUCGAUGCACACCGCUGUCAGCGCCGGGUCACUCACCAGCCUCAACAGCGCCGGCACCUACACCUCUUCUAGGGACAACUUCCAGGACACCGUAGAGGAAAUGCAGGCCACCAUCCGUUCACUGACCGCUCAGCUGGACGACAAGAGCAUCGCGUUGGCUGAGCUGGAAGCGGCCAACGGUGAACUGCGGGAGCAAUUGUCCAGCCCGCUGCAGUCUGGCAACAACGCCGCCGGCGGUACUCUCACGCGCAAACGCGAUGAACAGAAACGGUUACGCGAUCUGGAGCGCGAGAAAGCGGAGCUGGCCGGCAGCGUUAAGAUGCUGCAGGACGAGGUGGAGCGCAUCCGCGAGGCCAUGGACGAGGUCAAUGACCCCGACGAGGCCGCACAGCCCCUGGGGGAGCGCGUGCGGGACGCCGUACACAAGCUGCAGUCGGCGGAAAUGAUGUGCGAGGACCUCAUGGACGACAACGAAGAACUAAAAAAGGAGCUGCGCUCAAUGGAGGCGGAGAUGGACGAGCUGCACGACAACUUCCGCCAGGAUCAGGCGGUGGAAUUCCAGACCAUCCAGAAAGAGAUGGAGCAGACCAUGAAGAACUGUCGCAUCCUGCAGUUCAAACUGCGCAAGGCCGAGCGCAAGUGCGACGAGCUGGAGGCCGACAAGGCCAUCUACGAGGUCAAACUGCGCCAGCUGACCAACGUCACGCCGGUCACGGUAGCGGGAGGAGCAUCGGCUAGCCAGGAGGCUGCCUACGCGCAGGAAAUGGCAGCCGAGCUGCGGCAGGUGGUGGAGGUCAACAAGCGCCUGCACGAGGAGAUCGAGCGCAUCGAAGAGGAGCGCGGUCAGCUGCGGCUGGAGUACGAGGCGCUAACUAAAAGCUGCGCACAGAUGGACAAGCAUAAGGACGCCUACCGCCUUGCGCCGGCGGUUCACCAGCCUCAUUCCCAGAGUGGUCUCGAAUCUGAUUCACCUUCACAUUCCAGCGGAGCCCAAAUUCUCUCCCAGGCAUCAGGUAGCAAUGGGAAGAGCAUCCAGAGGAACGGAACAGCCGUCCCGGAUACAGCCAACCAGGAGUACGACGUCAACCAGCUACUGCGCGAUCUCUAUGACUCCGUCGAGCGCGAGACGGAUCUCCGUGAUCAGCUGACCUUUGCGGAAGAGCAGGCCCGCCGAUUGCGAGGGCAACUGACAGACACGGAGCACGAAAACGACUCCCUGCAGCAUCAGUUGAAGAAACUGUCGGCCGCCCGCCCGCCAUCCGGUGACUACUCUAAACUGGCCGCUCCAGAACAACUGGACAUCCUGCAGAUCAACGAGGACAUGAAGAUUCAGUUGGAUGUCGCCGAGCACGAGGUCUCUCUUCUCAAACGGAAGUUACAGGAGGCGGACCAGAAAAACGAAGAUCUAGGCGUCGAGGUGAAGCGGCUGCGGUCAUCGUGUGACGAACUGAAAAGUGCCAAAGAAACGAUGAGUGCCGCGCUAAACAACUCAACCCACCGUGGUGGUGACAGCACACCGGUGAGCCAGGAGCAGAAGGUGAAAGUGAUGGAGGCGGAGUGCAACGAGCUCCGGCGGAAGCUGGUGGACAAGGAGCGCCAGUUGGAACGGCUGUCAUCGCAAGUAGAACUUGUGAAACGGCGAAGCACCCUGGACCGUAGCCGCUCUCUAGAGGACGGCCAGUUGAUCGAUCUGCGCCGGCAGUUGACGAUGGCCGAGCAGGAAAUUAGCGUGCUCCGUCAGAAGACGCACGGGCUGGAGAGUGAUAAUGACAGGCUGUCGGUGGAGAACAAGCGUCUGCAUUUUGGCGUCCGUGCAGCCUCUGCCGCUGGCAAUCACAGCAGUAACAGCAAGCGCGGCUCCACGGAGGACCCCGACGUAGCACGGGCCGUCAAAUCCAGUGAGGCGCUGGCCUCCAUCAGUGAACAGUUCACCGACAAGUACCUGGCCGACAUCACCGCGCUUUCAGCCGCCGGUAAAUCGGCCCAGGAACUACUGGAGGAAAUAGCCGGGCUCAAGCAGCGCAACGAGGAGAUACAGGCGGCCAUCGGUAAUGCACGCGACGCCUACGAAAAGAUUUUGGCCAAGGCGCCUAUCAAGAAGGACAUUGCCACGCGCCAGGAGCUCAAAUCCCGCAUCGACGAGUUGGAGGCCGACAUGAAGUUUGCGCUGACCGUUGCCGAGCAGGAGGGCAGCGCGGCUAAGCGGCUGCAGACGGAAGUGGAGGAGCUGCGCGCGAAGGUCCGGCGUGUGGAGAUGCAGGAUGCGCCCGUCAGCGACGAAGUCAAGGAGUACCGCAUCAAGCUGUACGACGCGCAGCACGAAGUGGACAACCUCAAGGUGGAAAUUAAAGACCUCCAGACGAAUUUGGUCGAGGAACGCCGGCGUUCCCGCACGAGUGAAAGCGACAUCAUCGCUAAAGAGCGGAUGGACACGCAGUUGCGUAAUCUCAAACAGGAACUAGCCAAGCAGCGGUAUAUGGUGGAAGAACUGACAGCAAAGGACAACACGCUCUGCAAACAACUGGCGGAGUGGCAGAAGAAGUAUCACAGCCUAAAGGACGCCUAUAAGAGCGACACAGACGCCUGGCAGAAGGAACUAACGGAUCUGGAGCAGGAGCUGAGUAAGGAGAAAGGCCUGCGCACCAACGAGACCGGCAGUAAGAAAACUUUGGAAAAGGAGCUGCAACAGGCUAGGAAUAAGAACGCUACCUAUGAAGACCAGAUCCGGAACCUUAUCGAGGCCGGAAAACUGAAAGGGAAGGACUUACGCGACAAGAAUGCCAAGCUGGAGACGGAAGUGGCCAAGGAUCGUAAGGCCCUGGAGGAGGUGCGUAUGCAGCUGGACAACCGCCAGGCGGAGGCCGCCAUGCAGGAUACGAAGAAGCAGGCCGAGAAAGAGCGGCUGGAACAGAGGGUGAAUAAUCUGGUGAAGGAACAGGAAGAGGCCGCCGCCCAGAGUAAACGCGAAAGCGACAAGCUACGCAGCGAGGUUGAGAAGUUGAAGAAGACGGCGCUGGAGACAGAGAAGGCGCUGCAGGAAGCAAAAAGCGAGGCAGAAAAGCUGAAAACACAGCAAGGCAGCGGCGACGCUGGGACCACGCCCAAGGGCGGGUACGCGCGUCUGUCGGCCUACGAGCGGGCGCGCGCCAACGAGCAGAUCAAAGAGGAAGUGGAGAAGCUGCACAAGCAGAAUCUGGAGCUGCAGAAGCAGCUGCUAGAUGCGCGGCGUGCUGGCGAUGAGGCCGGGGAACAGCUGCAGCGCAGCGAGCGCAAGUGGACAUGCGAGCGUGACGAGAUGCAGAGGAAACUGCGGCAAGAUGAAAAGAUUCACAAGGCGGAGAUGUCGGCAGUUAGCAUGCGUUUUGAGAACAAGCAGCGAUUGCUGGAGGACGAAAGCAAGACGCUGAAUGUGGCGCUCAAGCAGGUGCGCGUAGAGCGCGACACACUGCAGGAGCGGCUGGAAGGUGUCACGCAGCACAGCGGUCGACUCAAGGACGAACAUGCUGACGCUACAGCUAAGCUGGACAUAGCGAAUGCUCAGUUGGCCAGCCUGAAAUCAAACCGGGACUCCGCCCAGCGGCAGCUAGAUGACGUCCAGAGCCGACUGAACAAGCUGGAGUCGGAGCGUAACGACACCAAGAGCAAGGCGGCCAAGGAGAAGUCUUCCUACGAGCUUAAGAUUGCCGAACUGCAGGACAAACUCAGCCAAUAUGAAGGUCAGCACGCGAAACUGUCGGCCUAUGCGUUGAAGACACGACAGAUGGCGCAGGGUGGAAGUAACAGCAGCGGCACAAGCAAAAAGAACAACGGGGAGCCGGCAGAGGCCAGCGACGCCCGGGAGCGGGCGGAGGCGGCGGAGAAGGCGGCCAAGCGGGCGGAAAAGGAACUGACCGAUGUGAAGGCCCAAGUGCUGGCCCUCAAACUGGACAAGGAGCGGGAGAAUGACCUCCUGCGAGCCAAAAUUCGCGAAUUACAAGACAAACACAAGCCAGUAAGCGACGCUCACGUCAGCUUGAAACUGGCCUAUGAUUGCUUGCGCACCGAACUGGACGUCAUCCAAAUCGAGCGGGAUGACUUCGCUGAACGGCUGGCCGAGAACGAGAGCUACCAGAUUAAGGAGCGCGGCAAGAUUGACCAAAUACUCUCCGAGAUCCAGAAGCUGAAAGAAGUAGCACCCAGUCUGAUGUCCUCCGAGGAAGACCUCUUCCUCUCCUCGCCCUCCGCGCCCAAACGGCCUUCACGAGGCCGCACCCGUGACACCCAGGUCGACGAUAAAGCCAUACCCUUCUUGGCCACCACGCCCACGUCCGACCACAAAAAAUACAAGGGCACGAAGAGUGCCGAUUUGCAAAAGGCCAUUGAUAACAUUACCAAAGUUAGCGAAGACAUCAAAGCAGAAAGAAAGACGCGGCGUCCAAUACUGCCUCACAAACGGUCUCAAUCGGCCUCGAUAGCGGAGUCUAGCGCCGGCGCUUCGCCACUGAUCCGGCGCUAUCCCAGCCUAGACGACGACGAAACGGGCGACGCGGUCAGUCUGCCGGCGCCCACGCCCCUCAAGUCCAUCGCCAAGGUUAGCCGUAACCCGCGCUUCCCCUCCAUUCCACCCAGCUUCAUCGUGACACCGCCCACCGCGAUGCAGCAACAGCAGCAGACACGGGACAAACUGCGAAGCCGCGCUUACGAGCUGGCGGCAGCCGGGCACUCCGCAUCGCCCAUCACGGAGGAAAGUUUCACCAACCCGGGCGGUAGCUGGGACUCCAUCGACAGCGACAUCAGCACCGAGUCAUGGAAUCUGCCGCUGACGCGUCCCGCGCACGACGAUCGGCUCAGCUACAUAUCGUUGCCUAAUCUGCCGCAGAAAGUGGAUACAGCCACCUCCAUGGAGGACAAGCCCAAGCGCUCCCUGAUGGACGUAGCCAAGGCCAAGCGCAAAAAGCUCAUGGCCAAGCUGCGUCCUCUCUCCCUGCACUCCUCCACAGAGUCCCUCGAGGAGACUGUCCGCGUUACGCACUCCGACUCCUCCGGCUUCUUCGAGUCACCUUCGCAACCAGCCAAACCCAGGGCGCCGCCUACUCCGCCUUCUCUACCCGCGCAUACCCCCUCCCCGUCCGAGUUAUCGACGAGGAGGUCUCCUUACGGCUCCGCGCCCGCCACCGUGCAAUCCAGUCCUAAUACGGCGGCCCGUGCUGCUCCCGCCGCUAAGGAAUCCAUUCCGGCGCCCACUGUGCCUGACAAGACUCGCGUCAAGGAAGUGGCCAGGGAACGGGCAGGGGGAACAGCGACAACUAACACAACCGCCGCGACCAGCACGACUGCCACCUCAACCGCGCCGUCAAGCGCUGCCGCGUCCAGUUCAACACCUGCCGCUUCCUCCGUCAAAGAGGUCAAGUUUACGGAAGGAAAGGCGGGCGCCGGUAAGCCGUACCUCAAUGUGUGGAGGAAGCCCAUUUCGGAUAUUGCGAAAAAAUUCGAAAACAAGAGCAAAUAAUGCUGAUAUGCACCUGUACACCUGAUUAUAUUGCCACUUUUUUAUUGAUUACAGUGAUUCGUAUUCUUCUGUAUUUACUGAUUAAUAAAAAUUUCAAAUUCCGUCUGCCUGAUUUAUAAAAAACUGACACA